AUGGGCAGCACAGUUCACUCUCCAUUGGUCAACUCUCCAUUGGUCUACUCUCCAUUGGUCUACUCUCCAUUGGUCAACUCUCCAUUGGUCUACUCUCCAUUGGUCUACUCUCCAUUGGUCUACUCUCCAUUGGUCUACUCUCCAUUGGUCUACUCUCCAUUGGUCUACUCUCCAUUGGUCAACUCUCCAUUGGUCUACUCUCCAUUGGUCUACUCUCCAUUGGUCUACUCUCCAUUGGUCUACUCUCCAUUGGUCUACUCUCCAUUGGUCAACUCUCCAUUGGUCUACUCUCCAUUGGUCAACUCUCCAUUGGUCAACUCUCCAUUGGUCUACUCUCCAUUGGUCAACUCUCCAUUGGUCAACUCUCCAUUGGUCUACUCUCCAUUGGUCAACUCUCCAUUGGUCAACUCUCCAUUGGUCAACUCUCCAUUGGUCAACUCUCCAUUGGUCAACUCUCCAUUCAAGGCGACUCGCUGA